UUUUUCGGGAGUUUACAUUUAUUUCGCAGUGUCAUUUCAAUUUAGUUUGAGAACAUUUUAUACAUCAAAUGUGGCUUCUUGGUUCAACUCCCGAAGUCAUGGAAGAGCGCCUGUCACCUUCUGCACGUUUUGUCCGAAGCCCCUGGAAUAACCAUAAUCAAGCCGCAACGAGGGUUCACAGUAUUGAAGCAAUAUUGGGAUUUAAAGACGAAAAUAUGUUUAAUCAAUCUGUGUCCUACAAUGGAUCAGGAAAACCCACUGAGCCGAGAGGAAACGGAAUUAUGUCAUUCCCUAAGAAAGAACGCAACCCAAAAAGUUUUGACAGUAAGUGACACUGGCAAUAUUUUUUAAACUGAAGGAAUUGUUGAAAAAGUUAUUUAAAAUUGUUCAAUCUUAAUUUAAUCAAAAUGUUAUCUUUCAUACCAAUAGGCUGUGUAUUGUUAUUUAUUCCAUGUGUGUGCCAGUAGACUUUUGAAUCACAGAGUAAAAGGUCACGACAAAUAUAAACUCAGAAGUUCAUAAAUUGAUCCAGCCUAUAAUGUAUUUUUCAGGUGUCUGCUGCAGCAGUUCGGUGGCCUCUGUCAGUCCUGACUUACCUGAAGGGGAGGAUAAACUGUACGAUGAUGAGAACCCAAAGAAGAAACACCGGCGCAAUAGGACCACGUUCACCACCUUUCAGCUGCACCAGCUGGAGAGAGCGUUCGAAAAGUCGCACUAUCCUGACGUCUAUAGCAGAGAGGAGAUCGCGCUGAAAGUUCAUCUUCCAGAGGUCCGAGUACAGGUACAUCAUGAGCAAACAACUGAGUCCGUUGUUGAAAAUGUGUAUGAAGUUCGACUCUGUGUAAUAUAAAAUACAAAUCGAGGAGGUCUAUCAAUUAAUGUUUCUUGCAUGGGCUCAACAUAAGUUCUUGUCUUAUCCUAUUUGUGAGACGUUUCAUAAAAGUUGUGUGUCUGAGUCUUAUCAAUAAAAGUUUAAAUCAAAUGUAGUUCCUGAAAUAAUAAUCGUCUUUAGUUGAAUAUUAAUGUCAGUAAUAGGCCUACUAAAAAUAUGUUAUUGCAAUUUAUAUUAGGCCUAUCUUGUUCGCUAUUAAGUAAAUUGUCACACGGUAUUUGAUGAUAAUAGCCCUUUUUUUAACCUUUUAUUUUGACACUAAGUCAAUGCUGAUACCAAGGUCUCUUUUCCAGAUGAGCCCUGUAUAGCACCACAAUGCACACCAAAAUACAAUAAACACUUUCAACUACACAUUCAUAAAACACAAUAAAAUACACAGUAAUAUACACAACAAUACACCAAAACCAUUCUUCAGUAAAAAGGUCCUCUAACAAUCUUUUGAAAUGCCCUAGAGGCACCAAUUCCUCCAACUUUAAAGUGUACUGUCGAUCAUUCCACACAUAAGGUGCAAGGAAAUUAAAGGCUGAUUUACCUAACUCUCUUCAUUUUAGAUAUUUAGCAGAUGCUCUUAUCCAAAGCGACUUACAGUUAGUGAGUGCAUACGUUUUUUUUUACUUUCAUACUUGUCCCCCGUGGGAAUCGAACCCACAACCCUGGCGUUGCAAGCACCAUGCUCUACCAACUGAGCUACACGGGACUCUAGACACCAAAGGAGUCUCCAGAGUUAACCAACCAUGUGAAUGGGUUUGAUAACUUAACAUUUUAAAUCUUAACAGUGAUGUUAGUUAAGUCGGAAGUUUGUGGAGCAGGGCUUUAUAAAAUAAUUGUUGUCUAUAAGUUAAAACCGUUUCAAGUCUUUGAAAUGAUCAUCAAAUAAGAAACGAUAAUCAAAUAAGAUUCUAUAUUCAAACUAUUAAUUGGGUCUAGUAAGCAGUUAACGAUGUUAAGUAAAAAUGAAUGUAUUUUAUCUGACAAGAUCUCAUUGAGUUCAAGACCUGUCCUAUAUACUUACAUUAUAUAGAUAUUAUUUAGAUAAAGUUAUUCCAAUGAUGUAUCAUUAAGUUCAAGACAUUUCAUUUGUAACAGUAUCAUAGUAAAUCAUGUAUUACACAAAGGUUGACAGUUAUCAUUCAUAUAUUCAAUAGUAGAUAUCUUCCCAUUAUAGAUAUUAUAUACUUUCAAAUAGCCUACCAAAUCAAAGUUUUACAAUAGCCUGUUGUUGUGCUAAUAAUUGGAGAGAUAGGCAAUUGAGUUUCUUUGACACAGCAAAGUUUUGGAAAGUUGACAUACAGUACGUUUUGGCAAAGUUUCCUGAUGAAGCUUUCUUUCAUCUGCCUUUCAGCUGUGUUAUCAUUGUUAGGGUUAAAUAAUGCACAGAUGUAGGAUCUUAAUUUGAUCACCAUCACCAGGAAAUGUAAAACUUGUAGUGUAUAUUUGAGGUUUAAAAAGCCUUCUGAUGUUUGUAAUUUACAUUUACAUUUUAGUCAUUUAGCAGACGCUCUUAUCCAGAGCGACUUACAGUUAGUGAGUGCAUACAUGUUAUUAAAAAUAUAUAUAUAUUAUACUGGCCCCCCGUGGGAAUCGAACCCACAACCAUGGCGUUGCAAGUGCCAUGCUCUACCAACUGAGCUACAGUUGGUAGAGCAGACUUGAUUUUCCCUUACGAAAAAUGUAUCAACCCCAACAAAAAUGUCUGUUAAUUAUAAUCCACAUAAUAUCUAUAUAUCCACAUUCAAAAUGUCCUGUUGCUACAGGAUUACUUUGCUGCUGUAGAAAACUGGCUCAAAUUAAGAUCCUAUAUCAGUAUGCUAUUUCAAUAUUUUACUGAUUUGGUCAAAGUGGCCCUGAAUCUUGUUUAUGUGUGUAAUCGCUACAGUUCUCGUAAUGUUGAAUUCCAGAAUGUCUUAUCAGAAUGUUGUGAUGAUUCCAUCCCAGGUGUGGUUCCAGAACCGUCGGGCCAAGUGGCGUCGCCAGGAGAAGCUGGAGGUGAGCUCCAUCAAGCUCCAGGACACUUCCUCCCUCCUGUCCUUCAGCCGCUCCUCCUCCCAGUCCCGGGGCUCCGGGCUACAGCUGGAGCCAUGGCUGAGCACUCCCAUCACCACAUCCACCCCCCUGCAGUCCCUACCCGGCUUCAUCACCAGCCCAUCUCAGGGCCUCCCAAGACCCUCCAGCUACAGCCCUCCACCCUUCCUCAACUCCCCCAGUUUCGGACAUAUUGGUUCUCUGUGUCCUCCUCCGCCGCCCCCGUACCAGUGCUCAGCGGCUGGGUACAUGGACAAGUUAGCUAUGGAGGAGUUGGAUCCUCGUAAUUCUAGUAUUGCGUCUCUGAGGAUGAAGGCUAAGGAGCAUAUUCAGUCUAUUGGAAAACGUGGUGAGGAUGGACCCUGGCUUGCAUCCCUCUGA